AUGACGUCGACCUCGAGCGAAAGUCCAGUCCGCGCCGGCGGGCUCGAUGUUUACACGCCAGGCCUCAUCCAGGUCUGGUACUCUGACUAUACGCUCAACGCACUGAAAGCCGCGAUCAUCGAGGCCGCACCAGCCAAAGUUGCGUGCCUGUCCUGCCCCUCGCUCUACUUUCACGACGAGGCCGCGCGCUGGAGAGACACGUUCGGGCUUGUCAACUUUGAGUUUGAUCGGAGAUGGGAGUCGGAUCCCGGAUUCGUCUUCUACGACUGCUAUCGGCCCACCGAGAUAGCAGAGCAGCUCCACGGCCAGUUCGACUUCAUCGUCGCUGACCCACCGGCCAUCAACAACCGCACGCUCGAGUGCUACGCGGCGACAAUCAAGCUUCUCGCAGCGCGCGGCGCAAAGAUCAUCUUCUCGACAUUGGAGAAUUUUGAUCCGACGAUGCAAGACCUACUCGGUCUCUCACCGCAGCGCUUCAGGCCAGACCUGCCCGGAUUCGCCCUCGACGGCCGCUGGUGCUUCUACACCAGUUUUGCGUGCCGGUCACUCUCGCAACCAAACCCAGUCGCCGAUGCAAAGAGGGAAGCUGCAAAGUUGGAGGAGGAGGAUCAAGAGGGAUACGCUGAGCUGGCAGCAGGCUUUCACCAGUCCCAACAUGAAAUAUGA